CUACUAUAUAACAAAUAAUUUGAGGUCCAUGUCGUCCCGGGAAGUGUAGCUCCAUGUCAGCUCCUGUGAUCCUGACCCUUGUGUUGGACGGCAAGGAGGUAAACACGACGUGGGAGGAAGUGGCAGGAUGGGUCCACCAGUCCUCUCCUCUAACCUCAUCCUUCUCUACUGCCUGGCUUGUUGUCAGGGCCAUCCAGAUAUUUCUAGUGCAGAUAGGAAUGUUACUACUCGAGAUCGGCUCGAUUAGCCCGAAGAAUACCAAAGCAAUGAUUAUCAAGAACAUCGGGAACUCUAGCAUAUCUGCAAUAUGUUUUUACUUGCUCGGAUAUGGGUUCAGCUUUGGUGAGGAUGGUGAUGACUUUGUGGGUUGGGGAGGGUUCGCCACUAAAGGAGAUAUGUUUGCCAACGCCACCAAAGUGGGGGAUAUCAGCUACAACGGUGCUACCUACGCUCAUUUCAUUUACUACUUCUGUGUGCUUAACUUGGUGCCGACUAUUGUUGCUGGGUCUCUGAGCGAGAGAACUCACGUGGUUGCAUACUUUGUAGUCACAUUCUUCAUAUCCCUGUUCGUGACACCAGUUGUGAUGCACUGGGCCUGGAGCAACAAGGGUUGGGCUAGUUACCAUUCCAGAUAUCUUAUGAAUACCGGAGUGCUCGAUUUUGCUGGAUCGUGUGUUGUGCAUGUGAGCGGAGGGAUAAUGGCGCUGGUAGGAGCGUACGUUGUUGGGCCCAGGAAGGGUCGCUUCGUCGGCGAAAGGUCCAAUGUAAGGAUGCCUCGUCAAAAUGUUACCUACGCAGCGCUGGGUGCUUUCUUUAUGUGGGCUGGAUUCUACGCUCUCAACAUGGGAACCAUCCAAAAUUUUGACGGAGACGGGGUUAACGCGUUGGGUAAGAUCGCGAUCAACACAACAAUCUGUGCCACAACCAGUGCUAUUGCAGUAACAGUACUGACUCUGUAUAACGAAAAACACAUGGAACCUUACAGCGUUGUCAACGGUAUUUGCACAGGUUUGGCGGGAAGCAGUGCUGGAUGCGCUACCAUGACAACAGAAGGUGCCCUGGUAACUGGUAUACUGUGUGGAGCCAUGUAUUUCCUUCUCUCUUGGAUGCUGUGUUCAUUUGGGAUAGACGAUGUGACCGACGUGGCUCCAAUACAUCUUGGGGGUGGAAUGGUUGGGAUCAUUUCAGCUGCAUUUUUCACUACACGCCCUUUCUACAAGAUAGCAGUACUUGACAGUGGCGCUUUAACACCGUGUGGAGCAUUUUAUGUGUGUGACGGUCUGGGCUGGAGACUUUUUGUAGCUAAUCUCUUGUUCCUCCUCGCCGUGGCAGCGUGGUCGUUGGUUGCUGGACUAGCUUUGUUUCUACCGCUACGGAUUAUGAGCCUUCUGAGGGUGGAUAAAAUUACAGAAGACGCUGGACUUGAUUUCAUUUCUGGGGCUGCUCUAGCUGUUGAGUUGAAAAGAUUUAACUGAAUCUUUAAAGUUCAAAGGACAAUUUCUACACGGAUAUUGAGUGCCUGUGCAGCAUAUACGUCUUGAAUUAAACUAGACUGAGACUAGCGUAAAAAUAAAUAGUACAUGUAUCAGAGCUAGAUGGUUAUAACGCGGCCAGUACCAUUCCAAAAAUACGAGCUGUUUAUUGUUUGAUAGUUGAUUUGCUUUUGUGUUUUGAUGCUUUUCGGAACACAAAAGCACACUAUACACUAUAAUAAUCAAACAGUCGAUAUUAUUGAUUAUAGAUGAAAACAACUGAACAAACGUUGUACUUAACUUAUUUAUAAUUUCUGCUAAUAAUACUAGGUUCUGGAGACUCUAAUUUACAUAUUUGAAGCCAAUUUAUCUGUUUUUGUACAUCAUCAUUGUAACCGUAUUCAGUGGUUGUUUAUUUUUCUACUAAUUUUUUGUCUUUUAAAAACCAGAUUUUAUUUCUUUACACUUUUUUGUAAGCACUUUUUUUACAUUCUGGGGUUGUUAAAGAUUUAUCCUAUUUUCCAGUUGAGCACAUUUAAAAGUUAUAUAAGUUUUGUAUCCAAAUCAUUUCAAGAUAUGAGUCAGAAUUAUUAAAAAAGAAACUACUUGUUUUAUUGAUCAACAAUGCAACUAUCAAUUCCGAAUAAAUCUAUUUUCAACGUCAGAAACUCAUGAAAAACUAACUAAUUCAAUAUAAAACAUCAUUUCCAUUAAAACA